GUUUCUGACAGGCUCUCGAAGUUGUGCUCUAUGUUUUCAUCCCCAGUUACUCAUUUUCUAGGAGGUUACUGUCGGCGGAGCGUGAGACCGGGGGUGUCGAAGCAUUUAGUGGCCUUGACCCUAAAGGGCCAACCCCUUCCUCUCCUGGAGUCCACUGGAGCGUUCCCAUACUGUCCACUGAAGUCUGCCGGACUGCUCUCCGCUUAACCCCUGGAGACGACUUUGUAUCGGAAUGCCGAGAAGAUGACGGACUUGGUGUACUGGCUCCUUGUGUGCACGACUGCGGCGCGCCUUCUGGGCACCGGAGGUGUUCGUUUCACAAAGAACCCCAGCAAUGUGACUGUGUCUCAGGGCAACACCGUAAAGCUAGAGUGCGCAGUUGAAGCAUUAGAAGAGCCCGAUAUCAUUUGGAUGAAGGAUGGAGUCCGUGUGCACAGUGCUGAUCAGAUGUUCAUGCCAUUGGAUCAUGGCCAUUGGCAGACCUUCUACAGAAUUCCUUCUGUCCAGAGAGCUGAUGCUGGCAAGUACUGGUGUGAAGUUGAAGAUCUGGCCUCCUCCGAUCCGGCCUGGAUGACUGUGGAAGGGGUGCCUCAUUUUGUUUUGGAGCCGCAGGAUGUGUUUAUCUUGCCUGGUAUGUCCUUUAACCUGACCUGUGCUGCUGUUGGCCCCCCAGAACCUGUAAAAGUGAUCUGGUGGGUUCAAGGAAAGAAAUUGGAAAAGCUGGAAUCCUCCCCAUCUAUCCUUACUAUUCAAGGGAUGAAUAAAAGUGCUGAAUUCCACUGUGAGGCUCACAAUGAAAGAGGCUUGGCCAUCUCCCGCACUGCCAGGGUGCACAUUACAGCUCUUCCUGAGGCACCCACUGAAUUACAUGUUCAUGGUAGUAGGGACUGUAAUGCCAGCUUGUCCUGGAAGCCAGGGUUUGAUGGUUAUUCAGAGCUCCGAAACUGCACCGUCCAGGUAAGCAACAAUGUCCAGGAGAAGGGAGAGAAAUUUCUUGAGAAAUCUGUUCUGGUCCCACCCUACAAUGCAACAGUUGGUGGUCUGAAGUGCUUCUCAAACUACAGUGUUCGAGUAAGCUGCAGCAAUGUGGUGGGAACAUCUCCAGUCAGUUCAUGGGUGGAUUUUACAACACCAGAAUCAGUGCCAUCAGGAGCUCCACAAAACCUGAGCUUUCAGCUAAUUGACUUUAGUCUUGUGCUUUCAUGGAUACCACUUUACCAGAAUGAGACCAAUGGGGUACUCAGUGGCCACAAGGUGCAGUGGAACAGAGCAGGUGAUGUUCAGGAGUCGCUGUUUUCACUUGCAACCAUGGUCAACUUGUCUGACUGGAGAUACUUUUCAAAUGCCUCACUUCGAGUGUGUGCGUGUAAUGCCGCAGGUUGUGGGCCUUGGAGUAUGCCAGUUCGGGUUCCAGCUGAAAAAUCUGCCAUGUCUUUGAAUCAACGUAGUCACUUGUGGGUUGUCGUAUUUUUUGGAAUCUUCAUCAUUUUCGGCUUCUUGGGAUUCCUCAUUGCAAUGUUCCUGAGACAAAGACGUAAAGAAAUGUUGUUUGGAGGUAUAUUUGGUCCAGACACCCCUGGUGCACAGCUGACUGUCUCCUAUACAGCAGCAAGGUCUUUCAACAGGCGGGGACCAGAGCACAGUGAAAUUACCUUGGACAGUCUUGGCAUCAGCGAAGAGUUGAAGAAAAAACUUCAAGAUGUUCUUAUUUCAGAGUCACAGCUUAAUCUUGGUCACCUUCUGGGCAAAGGUGAGUUCAGUUCAGUACGAGAAGCCUACCUAAAGAUGCAGGAUGGCUCUGUGAAGAAGGUGGCUGUCAAAGUGCUAAAAGCUGAUGUCAGCUGCUCCAGUGAUAUCGAGCAGUGUCUGCGUGAAGCAGCUUACAUGAAGGAAUUUCAUCACCCAAAUGUCCUUCGGCUAAUUGGGAUCAGCCUGCAUCGCCAUGGCCAGCAGAGGCUGCCUGUUCCUAUGGUCAUCCUACCUUUCAUGAAGCAUGGUGACCUGCAUACAUUCCUAUUGAUGUCACGUCUGGGUGAUAACCCCUUCACCUUGUCCCUUCAAACAUUGUUGCAGUUCACACUGGAUGUGGCAAGAGGAAUGGAAUACCUGAGCCUGAGGAAAUUCAUUCAUCGUGAUUUAGCUGCACGGAACUGCAUGCUAAGUAAGGACAUGAGAGUAUGUGUGGCAGAUUUUGGCCUAUCCAAGAAGAUCUACAGUGGUGAUUAUUACCGCCAAGGGUCAGCCUCAAAACUCCCGGUCAAAUGGAUAGCCCUGGAAAGUCUGGCCGAUAAUGUCUACACCACCCAGAGUGAUGUGUGGGCCUUUGGUGUAACUAUAUGGGAGAUCAUGACCCUUGGGCAGACACCUUAUCCUGGCGUGGAGAACUCGGAGGUAUAUGAGUAUCUAAUAAAAGGAAAUAGGCUUAAACAGCCUCCAGACUGCCCAGAUGAGAUAUACAGGACUAUGUGUCGUUGCUGGAACACUAAUCCCAAGGAGCGACCAGGAUUUGACCGGCUUAUUCUAGAGCUGGAGGCAGUGUCAGCUAGACUAUCACAAGAUUCAAGCAAAAUGGAGCUGCUUUACAUCAAUGUAGGGAAUGGGAGCCAUGCCUCAGAAGAGGAAGUCGCAGGCGGGCUACCUUGGCAUCAGUCUGGACCCUCUGAGAGAUUCUGUGAUGACCUACUAAAUGAUCCUGCAGAGUUACAUGGGGCUGCUGGCUCUGAUUACCGCUACAUCAUGGAUCCUUAUGCUGGGCCAGAGGUAGAAAACCAGUCAGGGCAAACUCUGGGGUGCACGACACAGCCUGAAGAUGAUGAGGAUGAGGAAGAUGUAUUCUUGAAAGCAUGAACCACAAAGGCAAAGCUAUCACCCAGUAAUCAGAGCAUGGGCUUGGAUUUAGGAGCAGCAAGAAUGGUGAUUUCUAAAUGACUCCCCUCAUGCCAAGUAAAGAGGUGGUUAUGGGCAUUUAGGACUUAAAAAGACAGGGCGACAGAGUGGUUAGUUUAAGAAAAGGCCUUAGACAUCAUGCUUUUAUUUAAUUAAAAAUAGCAUAGAAUUUGAUCUAAGAGCCCGACAGCACUGUCAGGUGGGCUUGCGCCAGGGCAUCUGAAUAUUGAUUGGCCUUAACGUGAGAAGGUAACGUUUAAUGUGCUGUGGAAUUAAUUGCUGCCAUACUGUAGUGACCACGUUUACAGCGUUUUUAAAAGAUGGAUUAGUUGCUGCUUCUCAUUUCCCCCUGAUGAUUCAAAUUUGAAAUGAAUAUUUGGACUUCAGUAUUGUUUGCAGAUUACUGCUAUGUUGCCACUGUCUAAAUACAGGAUGAAGCCAUCAAACCAUGAAAGAAUGUUACUUUGCAGAAUAAAAACAGACAUUUUUAGCAGAUAUUAAGGUUAUAGCAUAUUUUAAAAGAAAUGGAGGAAAAGAAAAAAAAAAAUACCUCAAGCACUUUGUCUGGCAGUUCACCACACUGCUCUGCAGGAUCAGAGGGGGCCAAAUUCUGUGUCUCUGGAAACUACGUAACUGGAAAGGCCAGAGUAGCUGUUAUUGUAUGACGAUGUUCAGAAUGUAAGGGAUCAGUUUAUGUGAUGGUAGGUUUGUUGUUGCCUUGUAGUUUCUUUUAUUUGACUACAAAGUGGCAUCUUUAUGCCUCUACUUUGCAUCCUGCCACACAGCAGUAUACGUCUCAAAUGCCAAGUAAAGAACUGUUUGCAUUUUGUGUCUCGGCACAGCUUAAUCACAGACUGGCAACUUUUUGUAUGAUUUUUGCACCAUCCGCAUUUCGGAAAGAAUGUGCUGCAUAUCAUUUGACAUCAGAUGGUUAAACUGAUGAGCUCCUCGCUUUGGUGAGAACAGAAAGUAAGCAGCUGAUACAGUGAGGUCAAUUUUACAGUGAAUUACACUAAAAAAUAUUCUGACAACGGAGGAGUGCUUCUUUAUGGACCUGAUGCAGUAUGUCCAUCUCCCCAGCAGGGGGCUCAUUGAUUUAGGUGUGAGAUUACUGGCUUAGCCUCAUUUUGCCAGUUAAGCCGCAUGGAUGAGCAGUUGUGCCAGCUAAUGUCCUCAUUUUCUGAGGUAGCAAUCACAGCAGCAGAUUGGGAAGCACCUGGGGUUCUGGCACUGAUGCCACGUUUUAUGAAGCACUGCACACUCUUCUCCACAGUGCCUUCUAAGGUGCCAGCCUCAAAACUGAUCCUCUGCAUUACGUGCAGUAUUUUAUUUUUUUAUGUUUACAUGUUUUUGUACAUAGAGACACUAACAUGAAUUUACUGAAUUACUGUAAAUAAUUUUAAUGACAGAAAUAAAAUUGGCACUUUUUCAGAAA